AUCUAUUCACACUUUCUCACACUUUUUUAAAACAAUCUUUGUCUCUCUUUCUUCCUCCUUCCUACCUCUCCUUUUCCCAUUUCCUUCAUGGUCUUUAUCCAUUUUCCACUCAUCCUUUCCCUCCUAUCUGGACCAAUCUCUCUCCUUAUGUGUGUAUAUGACAGAGAGAGAGAGAGAGAGAGAGAGAGAGAGAGGGAGAGAGAGAGACCAGGACAGAGCAAGCAGACUGAAAUGGAGCAGUGAGUGGGCUGAGCAGCAGGAGUGCGUCUGUCCUCAGAGCCUUGGACGAUCCAGUCUCAAGUGUCACUGAGAGCAAAGAGUCUGCAGAACAAGCUGGUUGUAGCAGAACAAGACACAGGAUUUGUUCUCUGAGAACAUCAGGACAACAUCGUUCUUCUCCAGGAUGAUCUUUCAGCUUCCAAACCAACCCAGAGCCUGAAGGUAUUCCAGCUAGGGUGAAUAAAUCGUUCUCCCAAAAGAGGAAUAUAGAAGAAGAAGAAGAGGAAGAAGUAGGAAAGUCGAUCUAUCAACGAAGGACAAGAGCAGUCACAGAAGUCUUAAUUGAUUUUUUGGAUAUACUGUAUUGUCCCUUCUGAAACCCAGAUGAAAAGAGGAAUAAAGAAGAAAAAGUGACGCAAGGAAAGAAGGAAAAGGUUUUCAUUGUAAGAACAAUUAAAAGAAGAUGUUCGUGUCUGACAUAAAGGAAGGAGGCAGAAAGAAGAACAUAAAGAUUGAGUAACAGAAGAACACCUAAACUACGGAGGAAUAAAUAAGAAAACAAAGAGAGCGAAGAGGAGAAACGCUUUUCUGACAACUUAUUAAUGAUCAAAAAUGUUGUAGGCCAACAUUUGUGUGAACUUCACUUUCUCAAGACACACAAAGAAGAGCUUAAAAGGGAAGAAGGAAUACCACCUUAUGAGCUGACAAAACUGAGCAAAAGUCUGAAAUUGAUUGAACUUUUUUAGUUUUUGGAGAUUUUAAUAAAUUAUUCUGACAAAGAGUGAAGAGGACAACUAAAAAGAUACAAGAGAAGCAGGAAAAGUUCAAGGGCCAAUCCAAAAGGAAGCUAAAGAAACACAGGAGUGAAGAGUCAAAAGUUAAAGAACACAUAAGAUACGGAGGAGUAAAGGGAAAAAGCAGAAAAGAGACAUAUCAGCAGAAACCGAAGAAAAAGGGAAGGUGAUUUAAAGCUGAUAGAGGACAAUCAAGCGAGAGAAAAGGAUGAACCCAGAGGAAAACCAAAAGUAAACAGCACAACUAGAACAAAUCAAAAGAAUAGGGUGUACGAAAGGACAAAAAUAAAAACAGAAAGGUCAAAUAAAGGAAGGAAAAUCCAGAAAAGGAGAGGAAAAGGUUAAAAGGGUAAACCAAGAGAAAAGAACCAGAGGGAUAAAGGUGUGACAAUGAGGCUCCUGGUGCUUCUUGUAGCUCGUUUCUCCAUCCUUGUCCUCCACAUUGCAGUGGCAACCCCCCUAACAGGCAGUGUGGCCCCGGGCCGGCUGGAGCGAUGGGUUCGUUCAGGCCUCCAGUCUCUCCAGUGGGACCAGCUGGACCGGUGCCUUCGCAUGUCCUCACUCUCUGAGGCCGAGUGCAGGCGGCUCGCACACCUGCCACUGUCCGCCGUGGCUGUUUACGUAUCAGAGCCACGCACAGCCGCAGGUAACCCAGAAAAAGUUCUGGCCAUCCUGCCGGACUCUUCGGUUGGGAUGGUGAGCUCCAAACCACGGGGAGGAUUCGAUGUCAGCCAGAUGCUGAAUGGAGGUAAAAGUCCACACAGACACCAGCAGCCUUUCCCAGGCUCCAUGGCUCAUGACGCCGUGUUGGUGCUGGAUCCGAGCCCGGGAGAGAACUUUGGACAUCCAGUGGUCCUCUUCUAUGUGGAUGUUAAUGUGACAAAGAAGAGAUGCUCCCAUCUGGAUGGCAUUUACCUGGGUGAUGAGUGUUUGACUCUGGCUUUGAAGGGUCGCUGUCAGAACCAGCUGAAGCGUCGGCAAGCUGGGCCAGAGAGGCUUAUGGGUAAUGGACAUGGUCGGCUGGCAGGUGGGGUGCUGCGCAGUGGCACCGUUACCACUAGCAGUGGCAGCCGUCUGGUGGAGCGGGCUGCUGGAGGACUCUGUGAAGUCCACUUCCUUCCACUGGUGGUUGAAGUCGGAGACAACAACCGAACACAGAGACUCAGAUGUGUUGAGCACACAGAGUUUGCAAGGUGCCCUCAGCCCCUGCCAAUGGGCUCCCCCAGUCUGCCCAUCUCAAGCUGUGAGCUAAAUAAAAACACCAGACGCUGCCACCAGCAGCCUUUGGCCACUCACCUCUCCUGUCGACUCUACCAGACCUGUGACCAUGCUGUGCUCAUCUCAGGUGGCUGGCAGCAGCAGAUGACCUUCCAUCAUCAUGUUCAGAAUCUUCAGAGGUUCUACAGAAUGCUGCAGAACAAUGGCUUCCAUAAAGAUCACAUUAAGACCUUCUUUGCCAGCAGCGGACAGCUUCCUGAGGAUAUAGAGGGGGUGUACUCGGCAACGGAGAAAGAGGUGAUUCGUAACCAUGUGUCGUACAUCUGCAGAAAGCAGCACUGUGCCGACACGCUGGUUCUUUACCUGAACUCACCAACACGCAAUGACGGCACCAUGCUGCUUUGGGAUGCUAAUCUCAAUGGCAUUGCUGAUCUGAAGGAGCGAUACUCAGUCAACGAGCUGCUGGCUGACCUGGCCGGCUGCAAGGCGACUCGUGUUUUGUUGUUUGUAGAUCAGAGCUACAGUGGUGUUCUUUCCAAGAGGCUGCGAGGUUCCCAGAAACACCUCAACGUGGUUCUGAUCCAGGGCCAGACAAGGCAGACCCACAAUCACCAGAGGUUGACUCCGGGCUGGGAGGACAGCAGCUGGUCCUACAUCAGUUCCACAACCUGCCUGCUGGACCACUUUGGAAAGGGUACUGGGAUGUCUCGCCUGCUGGAGCCAUGGGCCGGCCUUUUAAACGUGACAUUAGCAGGUGCCCCAUGCAAUGCCACACCACCGCUGACGGAUGGUGAGAUGCGACGGGAGUACCAGGGCUGUCAGAAUCUGCCUACUGCUCUCUGGCACCGGAAACACAGGAGGACCAACUGAAAGAGAGACACUGAGACUGAAUUGGAGAAAGAGAGCGGGAAACAAAUGCACACACACAGACCAUACACAAGCAUUUGCAUUACACACAUGUAUAUUUGCUGAUAUGUGUGUUUACUUAGGACUUAAGUUUCUAUGUACUCAGUGGACAUUAGUGUGUGUGUGUGUGUAUGCGUAUGUGUGUGUGUCCUAACUCCGACAGUAACCAUGGUGAUGACAACUCAUCCCAAUGGGAGUGUCCUGAGAACCAUGUGAACAAUGUGUGUACGUGUAUGUGUGUGUUUGUGAGUUCAGCAAGAGGACAGUCACUCUAGGAGACCAUUGCUAGCUUAUGCUCCGGUCAGUGUGUGUGUGUAUAUGUGUGUGUACACCACAUCUCCUGGGCACUGAAACAUUUCAAGGCCAAUCAUUUCUCUCUAUUUUUAUCGUCCAUCUCAACAGUUCUUUCUUCUUCCUUUUUUUCUUUCUGUCGUCUUUCUUCAUUCUGGCCUUUGCUUCACCUUCUGUCAGCCAUUGUCCUCUCUUGAUCUCCUCCCACUCUACUUUCCUUCCUUCUUACCUCCCUCUUUCCUUUCUUUCUUUGCUUAUAUGUCAUUUUCUUCCUUUUUUUGCAUCCUCAUGUCUCUCCUUAUCUCCCUCUCUCUUUUCUUAAAUUUCUUCCUGUUUUUCCUUUUGCUGACAUUCAACUCCUUUCUCGACUUCUUCUUCCGCCCAUCAUUUGAUCUUUUAUUCUGCUUUUCUUUCCUUUUUAUCUUUUCCUAUACUUCUGUUUUUCAUACAGUGCCUCAAAGGUUGAAUACUGGACAAUACCUAACACACCCCCAAACAUAAGGCUGAGAUUAUGUGCAUUUGAAUUUGAUCACAAGAAAAAUUGGAGGAGGUAAAAACAUACAUAUUUUUCAAAAAAUUGCAUUCACACCUUGACAAAAACCUCACGGCCUACUUGCUUACUUUUACCUGCAUCUCACAGUUAAAAACUACAAUUUUUUGUCACUUUAAACUUCCUGAGGUAAAGCAUAAAUUUUCACAACCAGUACUGGCAAUAUUUUUGAAGGUUUCAUUUUGUGACAGGACUAAUGACCUAAUACUCAGUUUAACUCAGUAAUGUAAAUCACAUAUAUAAUAGUGAACAUAAAAGUGAACACAGGAAAUUGGUCCUUGUUUUAAGAAUUGGGUUAUAAUGACUAAUGAACCUCCAAAGGAAAAAUGUAAAUUUUACAUUGAAUCAUAGUGGUGUCUGAAGUCAAAUUUAUUUUUAAGAUUUAGAGAUGGAGGACAUUUUAGGCUUCUUAACCUGAGGAAGGGAGAGCCAUUGAGCCAGCCAGGAAAUGAGACAGAAAGUGCUUGGCAAUGAUCAUGAUUAAGAUAUGAAGCACUGAGACUGCCCUCACUACUACAUAGACUGGCUGUGAUAUUUUAAUAAGGGCACAACUUGCUAGUGUGUGUGUAUGUACAGUGCUACUCAAAAGUUUGUGAAUCCUUAAGUAUUUUCUGUGUUUUUGCGUAAAUGCGAUGUGAUCAGACCAAGAUCAAGAUCAAGUCCUACAACUAAAUGAGGAACCAGUUUCACAAAAAUACAUCAUCAACUUGGUACAGUUUUCAUUUUUUUCUUGAGCUAAUUUUCUAACAUUAAUUGUCUUUGCUGAAGAAAGUGUGUUUCUUUCAGUACCUAAUGCCACCCACUUGAGUGGCAGUGACAUGCCUGUAAAUUCUUUGCUGUUAACCUCGAGUUCUUUGAGACCUCUGGAGCAUUACACAUCGUGUUCUUGGAGUGAUUUUUCUUUGAUGACUACUCCUGCGGAGAGAAACCAUAAUGUUCAAUUUCCUCAGUUUGUACAAUAUCAGCCCAACAGUGGAUUGUUGACGGUCAAACUCUAACCUGCUUGUAAUCCCUUCCAGCCUGGUGACCAUCUACAACCUUUUGUCUGAACUCUGCAGAAAUCUCCUUUGAUCCUGUCAUCAAACCUGUGUGGUGAAGACAACACUUUGACAGUAAAGACCAGGUUUUUUUCUCUACAGCAGAAUCUGAUCUCACACUUGAUUGUCACCCCAUUAAUUGAAACAACUGACUUCAGUUACACUUUUAAAAAUGAACUGAUAAUCCUAGAGGUUCACAUGCUUUUUACGAACACAGACAUUUAAUGUUGGAUAGUUUUGCUAAACUGGUAAAUGAAUGCCUAUGUAUCUUUUUUUUUUAUUAGGUGUUAACUCUUUAUCUAUUUUUAGUGCCUGACCACAUUUCAGACCACAUUCAUACAGGAAAUCACAAACGCCCUUGCGGGGCUGUACGCGAAUGUGCUCAAUCACAAAGACAGAGGCAUCACAUGAAACAUGCAUAUGCUCAAAUAUUAAUCCACUCUAACACUAACAAUGUACAUGUCGUCCUCUACUGUUUGUGGUAUUUUGCGAUAUUUGUUAUGUUAACAUACAUAACAUGUCUUUUCUUCUAGUGGGUAACCAUAUAUACCACAGCCCAGUGUACAUCUCAUAUCCUCUAUGAAAUUUUGUACUCAUGUCUGUUGGUGUACUGAUUUGUUUUACAUUAGAGAUUUGUUUAAUCAAGAGAUGGAAGUUGAUUGGUAGAGCAAUUUUCUCAAUGCAAGGGAUGUUUUAGAUGAGAACUGUGUCCAUGAAGUUGACAUGUGCAUAUUCACAGUUGCAAUUGUGCAUUCAUCUGUACAGUAAGAUGUAGUUUAGCACAAAUGUUUGUAGUUGCAUGCAGCAAAUCACAAAAACUAGUAAAUAAAGUACUUUUAGA